UCACAUCACGAAAGUCGUGUCAAAUUUCAAAAAUCAAUCGGACGAAAAUCAAAACAAACAGCAAAAAUAGUUUAUAAUCGUCUGUUUUGCGUAUAAUUGCGUAUAAUUUAUUUACUACUGUCCUCUACAUUUAAAUUUUAAUGGCUCUCAUAAUCAAUUUGAUGUUGUGGUUAUAAAGAGCGUGCCUUGUAGUUGUGUCCUCGUCUGCAUUUCGUAAUAUUUUUACUUUUAAAUUAAAUUACUUAUAGUGCAUUACUUUAUUAUCAACUUUGGUGAAAAAAAAGUUUAGUAUGCAGUAUUUAAAAACUGUGUUUACGUUUAUAUUACUAGUGAAACAUACGCUAGGACUUUCGCCAGUUAUUUUUAUACCUGGGGAUGGUGGCAGUCAACUGGAAGCUAAGCUGAACAAAUCAACUGUUGUCCACUACAUAUGCUCUAAAACUUCAGCAGACUACUUUAACAUUUGGUUAAACUUGGAGCUGUUGGUGCCAUAUGUUAUUGACUGCUGGGUUGACAAUUUGAGAUUGGAAUAUGACAAUGUCACAAGAACUACCAAAAACCCACCCGGUGUAGAACUCCGAGUUCCGGGCUGGGGCAAUCCGGAGCCAGUGGAAUGGCUGGACCCGUCUCAUGAUAAAACGGGAGCUUAUUUUAAUAGCAUAGCUGAUUCUCUAGUCAAAAUAGGUUACCAAAGAAAUGUUUCACUCAGAGGUGCACCAUAUGAUUUUAGGAAAGCUCCAAAUGAAAAUGCAGAGUUCUUUGUAAAGUUAAAACAGCUGGUGGAAGAAACAUAUGCCAUGAACAAUAAAUCAUCAGUAACACUGUUGGUGCAUAGUAUGGGAGGCUCAAUGGCUCUUCAUUUCCUGAGACUUCAGAAGCAGUCCUGGAAGGACCAGUAUAUCAGAAGACUGAUCUCUUUAUCUACCCCAUGGGCAGGGGCUGUAAAAGCUUUGAAAGUGUUUGCAAUAGGUGAUGAUCUGGGUUCUUACAUGUUAAGUCAGAGUACUCUUCGCACAGAACAAAUAACCUGCCCAUCCCUGGCCUGGCUUCUACCUUCUCCCAACUUCUGGAAACCUUCAGAAAUACUGGUGCAAACAGACAGAUUCAACUACACCAUCAAUGACCUCCAAAAAUUAUUCAAUGACAUGGAGCUGCCCAACGCGUGGGAGAUGCGUAAGGACACGCAGCAAUACUCGCAGGACUUCAGCGCGCCCGGCGUCGAGGUGCACUGUCUGUACGGACACAACAUAUCCACUGUUGAGAAACUCGUGUACAAAUCGGGGACGUGGCUGGACGGCACUCCGACGUUAGCGACCGGCGAUGGCGACGGUACAGUCAACCUGCGCUCGCUCACCGCCUGCGAGCGCUGGCGCAAGCCGCCAACUAAAUGGUGGAAACCCUUCAAGAAGACCUAUCCAGUGAAAUCCCUAGCGCUGCCCAACGCUGAACAUCUCAAAAUAUUGCACGAUCCACGCGUCAUUGAAUACAUUACUACGGUCAUGGGUAACUAAAAGGUUUGUAUUUUGAAGUCAAGUCAUUUUUAUUUAUUGCUAAUUUGGCAUAGCCAUCGCUAAAGUCAUUCGGCAGGGUUUGUGAUAAAAACUUAAAGAAUUACGAUUCAUAUCUCCUACAAUUAAUAAUGCCAAACUUGAUGCUCUCUAAGUUCUAACAUAUUACACAUAUCAUAUUUUUAUUUUCAUAUUAAUGAAAAAAAUGUUUUUAUUUAUAUGUAUAAUGUAAUUGAUUUUUCUACUAAAUCUACAGGUAGCUUGUACAAGCUCUUAUUGAAUACAAGAGUCUAACCAUAUUCGGUGGUUUCUAUUUUAUUUCAGUUACAACUUUGUAUUAAAAUAAAACUCCCAAUAAUACGUAAGUAGGUAUGAA